AUGAAGCGGGAUCGGCGCGGCCGGUUCCUGUCCCCCGCCGGCGGGCGCAGGCCGGAGUCCCGGGCGGGGAGCGGGCGGCGGGGCCGCGCGGCCCGGGAGGAGGCGGCCGGGGCGGGGCAGGGGGCGCGCGGGGCCCCGGCGCAGCCCGAGCCGGAGGACGGCGCCGAGGAGGCAGGAAUUGGUAGAGCCCUGAGCGUAGGAUAUUGCCGACUCUGCCAUGGGAAGUUUUCCUCCCGGAGCUUGCGGAACGCUUUUGGGAAGGUUCCUGUAACGGGAGAGAACUCGGAGAAGCAGCGACGUGUGGAUCAAGUGUUUUUCACAGAUUUCCAGCGACUGGUCGGAGUAGCAGUCCGACAAGAUCCUGCUCUCCCGCAAUAUGUCUGCAAGAAAUGCCAUGCCCAGUUUUACAAAUGUCGCAGCGUCCUCAAGACGUUUAUUCAGAGGGUGAAUGCAUCUCCCACAGGCCAUAUAAAGUCAAAAGGAAAGAACAGUGAUGUGCAGCCACAGCCAGAUGCAGAAGCCCCCUGUUUGGUAGACUUGAUCACAUCCAGCCCCCAGUGCCUGCAUAAUUUGGUUACGUGGACCCACAACCAUGCGGGGAACUGCCAGUCUGUGCCAAGCCUGCAGAGUGUGUUAUCUUCCGAGUACUGUGGGAUAAUUCGAGCCGUGUGGGGCUGUGGAAACGGGCAUGACUAUGUUAUGGAUACAGAUUCUGAUUGCAGCACGGUGCUUGUCGAUAAUGCCUUGUCUGUUACAUGGGAAUGGAACAAGAGCACAGCACAGCAUCUGACUGACAACGGGGAAAGUGCAGACAAUGCUGGGGCUGCCUCUGCGCCCAGGCCCCAGCUUGCUCCAGCAAGGACAGUCACUUGCGAGCAGCCAGUAAACAAAGGGACCACAUCGGAGCCACUCGGAGCUGAGAAUCAGUUGCCACAGAGCAGGAAUUCAUCUCAUUCACAAGAGGACAGUCCAGUCUCUUUACAGGAGAAAAGUCUGCCCCAGUCAGCCUCUCCACUGAGCAGUGCCCCAGGACAGUGGAGUGGGAAGCAGGUUCUGUCUUCAACGUCGGAUGAGCGGGUAAAAGACGAGUUCAGUGACCUUUCUGAGGGAGACUUCUUGAGUGAAGAUGAGAAUGAUAAGAGAACCGUGCAAUCUUCAGAUGACUCCUUUGAGCCUUAUCCAGAAAAGAAGGGGUCCAACAAAAAGAGUGAAAAUAAAGAAGCGAAGAAGGCCGAAGAGCCCAAAAUAAGAAAGAAGCCAGGCCCCAAGCCAGGCUGGAAAAAAAAGAUCAAAUGUGAAAGGGAGGAGCUGCCUACCAUCUACAAGUGUCCUUACCAGGGGUGCACAGCUGUAUACAGAGGGGCCGAUGGCAUGAAGAAACACAUAAAGGAGCAUCAUGAAGAAGUGCGGGAGAGGCCUUGUCCCCACCCUGGCUGCAACAAGGUGUUCAUGAUUGAUCGGUACCUACAGCGCCAUGUGAAACUCAUUCAUACAGAGGUACGGAAUUAUAUCUGUGAUGAAUGUGGGCAGACCUUCAAACAACGCAAACACCUCUCAGUCCAUCAGAUGCGCCAUUCAGGAGCAAAGCCCCUCCAAUGUGAAAUCUGUGGUUUCCAAUGCAGGCAGCGAGCGUCUCUCAAAUAUCACAUGACCAAACACAAAGCUGAGACCGAGCUGGAGUUUGCCUGUGACCAGUGUGGAAAGCGUUUUGAAAAGGCCCAUAACCUUAAUGUCCACAUGUCCAUGGUGCACCCUCUGACCCAGACUCAGGACAAAGCCAAGCCACUGGAGCCUGAGCAGAUUCUCAUGUUGAAUCCUUCAGGGACUGUGGAAAGCCAGGCUGUAAAACCAGAACAGACUGCACAACAGGAGCCUACUUGAAGGUCUGCUGGAGGGGUGUACUGAUCCAGCCUUGUAUAAACCAUUCAGCAGUGGGGAUUUUUAAUAUACAUUUUAAUAGAUUCUCAACAAAAAACCCACCUCAGUGCAAAUAGCUUCAGCUUGCUC